AUGCCAGCCAUCGAGUCCAGCAAGUUCCUCGUCUCCUGCGCGAACGGCUACAUCGUCGACCACGGCUUCACCGUCCGCAGCACGGUCCACGUGGAGAGCAAGGGCGCUCACCCCCACACACUGUUGUCGUGCGUUCCCCGUCUUUCCCUCCAUCUGUCCCACAUCAGUCUCUGGUCCCUCCACUGCUCGCCACCCCUCGCCGUUCAAGAGGCAUUCAAAGCCUGCCAUCCGGCCCUCUGGCUUGAGCUCGCACCAAGUGGCCACCGCGAAGCUUGCACGCGCUUCAUCACGCAUUUGUUCGCGUGUCCGGACCUGUCGCCAUUAUCCACCUCCAUCCCUCCUGCCGUCCCACUCCCCCUCGCCAACUUCAUCGCCUACGCCCUCCAUCAAACACGACGGGACGAUGCGCACUACAUGGACGUCUUCGCUGAUACCGGCCUCCCCCGUGCGGCCUCCCUCCUCUCCGGAUUUUGGUCCGGGUUCGUACACCUCCGCCGCGCCGUCGAGCCGGCCGCGUCGCGCUCGAAGUGCGGAGACUGCGGCGGCUCGGGUGUGCGCGAACCCGUGGUCAACGUUAAUGUUUGCGGUUCAGAUCCCAAGCCCUUUGCCGCACCCAAGCGGAGGAAGCCCGUCACUCCUGUCCACGGCAUGAUGCCCCCUCUCGCGGUCCCCGAAGCAACCUGGCGAUGGGCACACAGAGCCCCGCCGUCCCUUAGUGCUGGCAACCUCGCGAUGCCCCAGUCGUACACGCGCCACUGGGUGUCGCCGCUCGCCUCUUCUCAGUCCCCCAUCGUCAACGACCGCCGUCAAGACAAGCUCGAGCAAGUCCUCCGCACGACCGACCUCGACGACCACCGCGCCGACGCCACAAGUGCAGACAAUAACUGUGCUUCACCUGAAUUGCCCCCCGCGAACGUGACUUUGGAGCCGAGGGUAUCGCCUGUGUCGUUGGUCAUUUCGCUUGCGGACUCGGACGCGGCAAUCCUGGCACUGUCGCUCGCGGCCGACGAUAUCGCGCGUGGAUAA